GUAUGUACGCAAAUGCAGAAGGGAGAGAUAAGGGAAGAUGCCCUCGACUUUCAUAUGCGCUCCAGAGCUGCUCGGAGAGAGUUUAAGAUGUACUGAGUAAACCCUAGUCGAGAGUUUCUCCUGCCACCUGUUAGGCCCUUGAAAAUUGGGGUAUACUUUCGCGCUUGACACAAAUGGAUGAAACAUGUUCCUCUUCUGGCUGCGUUAAAAAUAACAGAGUGAUAUACACAGAGUGUUUGCCCGCCUCCGCCGCCGCAACAAUCUCCAGUGAAACGAAUUGGGAGUCCGUGACACAGUUGACAGCCAGAUAUAAAAAACAGAGCUCUACGUGGCCAGGCACGAAGGCAUCAUUAAAUCAGCAUCCGCAGCUAUCCAAAAUCGCAAUCAGCCAAGGGAGUGGGGCAUCUCUUAUCAGCCAGGCGCAUAAAACUGGGUCCGGUUAAAGCUCUUCCGACAGGACGACGCCGAACGGGCACCCGAUUGGGAGCCGAAGUGGUUCGGGUGGUGCGACGGCGGGUGGAGAGUCCUGUGGCAUCUAAGGCACAACUGGGAUAGCUGGCUCUAGGCUGCCUGCCAGCCAGUCAGUCAUUUGACAUUGCUCCUGCGAGAAGGUUGUCCACGCUCCGAGCCCAAAUCCUCCGUCGCCCUCAUCGCGUCCGCAAGUCUCCCAUAGUGUAUGUGUUUUCUGUGCUCCCCACUCCCAAUUCUGGGAUACAUAUAGAAGAGUGCCACCCCCACCAUACCAUACCAUGCCAUACCAUACCGAAAACCCCCUCGCGGAGCUGUGAAAAUUUAAACAAGUGUUACCUAAGCCCAAACCAAACAAAAACCAAACCAAACCAAACUAAAAACACACAGAAAGGGAGCAGCGGUUGAAGGUUGCGGCAAGAUGGCCCAGUUUGUGACCCACAUCCAGCCCACGCUGAUGGAGGCGUCCCAAGGUCAUGUGCCCCACCACCACGGACAUCAGGUGGGUGUGCCGCACUCGUCGCAUCUGCCCCACUCUGGGCACAACAUGCCCUCGCCGCCCACCCACAACCACCACCAUGGUGGCCAUGUACAUGGUCACCAGCACCACACCAGCGGUACUCAUCAUGGAUCAGCCGGUGGCCAUUCGCAUCCGACGCAAAAGCAGUCGCAUCAUUCAGCCACCGGUCACGCCCCCAAGACGCAACACCACAGCCCGCCCUCAAGGGUGCACUCACCGCCGACGGAGCACCAUGCGGAUCAUGUGGGUCACUACGAGUACUUCCAGCAUCAGCAUGAGCAGAUCUUCCACCACGAUGGAGCCAAUGGAACCGUCAGCCACAAGCAGCAAGGCCACCACCAUCCAAACAAGCACGAGCACUGCCCCACAGGACACCAGAGCGCGGGCGAUGGAAACACUUCCUUCCUGCGUGCAGCUCGCGCCGGAAAUCUGGAGCGAGUACUCGAGCAUUUGAAGAACAACAUUGACAUUAACACCAGCAAUGCGAACGGCCUAAAUGCCCUCCAUCUGGCCUCCAAGGAUGGCCACAUUCACGUCGUCUCGGAGCUGCUGCGUCGUGGAGCGAUUGUGGACAGUGCCACCAAGAAGGGCAACACCGCUCUCCACAUCGCCUCGCUGGCCGGACAGGAGGAGGUGGUGAAGCUGCUGCUGGAGCACAAUGCCUCCGUAAAUGUGCAGUCCCAGAACGGAUUCACACCCCUCUACAUGGCCGCCCAGGAGAACCACGAUGCGGUGGUGCGUCUGCUUCUGUCCAAUGGCGCCAACCAGAGUCUGGCCACCGAGGAUGGCUUCACUCCGCUGGCAGUGGCCAUGCAGCAGGGACACGACAAGGUGGUGGCCGUGCUCCUCGAGAGCGACACCCGGGGAAAGGUCAGGCUUCCAGCGCUGCACAUUGCCGCCAAGAAGGACGAUGUCAAGGCCGCCACUCUGCUCCUGGAUAAUGACCACAAUCCGGACGUAACUUCCAAGUCGGGCUUCACCCCGCUGCACAUCGCCUCUCAUUAUGGCAACCAGAACAUCGCCAACCUGCUCAUCCAGAAGGGCGCCGAUGUGAACUACUCGGCGAAGCACAACAUCAGUCCACUGCACGUGGCCGCCAAGUGGGGUAAGACCAAUAUGGUGUCGCUGCUGCUGGAGAAGGGUGGUAACAUCGAGGCAAAGACCCGGGACGGACUCACUCCGCUCCAUUGUGCCGCUCGUUCGGGUCACGAGCAGGUGGUGGAUAUGCUGCUCGAGCGGGGAGCUCCAAUCAGCGCCAAGACCAAAAACGGAUUGGCACCCCUCCAUAUGGCCGCCCAGGGUGAGCAUGUGGAUGCCGCCCGCAUCCUGUUGUACCAUCGUGCUCCCGUGGACGAGGUAACCGUGGAUUACCUGACCGCUCUCCAUGUGGCCGCCCACUGUGGUCACGUGAGGGUGGCCAAACUUCUCCUGGACCGGAAUGCGGACGCCAACGCAAGGGCCUUGAAUGGAUUCACUCCGCUGCACAUUGCCUGCAAGAAGAACCGCUUGAAGGUGGUGGAGCUGCUCCUGCGGCAUGGGGCCAGCAUAAGUGCCACCACGGAGAGCGGACUUACUCCGCUCCACGUGGCCGCCUUCAUGGGCUGCAUGAACAUCGUCAUCUAUCUGCUGCAGCACGAUGCCAGUCCCGAUGUGCCCACUGUGCGCGGCGAGACACCACUGCAUCUGGCCGCCAGGGCCAACCAGACCGACAUCAUUCGCAUCCUGCUGCGCAAUGGCGCCCAGGUGGACGCCCGUGCCCGGGAGCAGCAGACGCCGCUGCACAUCGCCUCGCGGCUGGGAAACGUGGACAUCGUGAUGCUGCUGCUGCAGCAUGGCGCCCAGGUGGACGCCACCACCAAGGACAUGUACACGGCACUCCAUAUCGCCGCCAAGGAGGGCCAGGACGAGGUGGCCGCUGUGCUAAUUGAGAACGGCGCCGCCUUGGAUGCCGCCACCAAGAAGGGAUUCACCCCUCUGCAUUUGACGGCCAAAUAUGGACACAUCAAGGUGGCCCAGUUGCUGCUCCAAAAGGAGGCGGACGUGGACGCCCAGGGCAAGAAUGGAGUCACCCCGUUGCAUGUGGCCUGUCACUACAACAACCAGCAGGUGGCGUUGUUGCUCCUGGAGAAGGGAGCCAGUCCACAUGCUACGGCCAAGAAUGGACACACACCACUUCACAUUGCGGCCAGGAAGAACCAGAUGGACAUAGCCACCACCCUGUUGGAAUACGGCGCUCUGGCCAAUGCCGAGAGCAAGGCCGGAUUCACGCCACUCCAUUUGAGCAGCCAGGAAGGCCAUGCCGAGAUCUCCAAUCUGCUGAUCGAGCACAAGGCCGCCGUCAACCAUCCGGCCAAGAAUGGCCUAACACCCAUGCAUCUGUGUGCCCAGGAGGACAACGUGAAUGUGGCCGAAAUCCUGGAGAAGAAUGGCGCCAACAUCGACAUGGCCACCAAGGCGGGCUACACGCCCUUGCAUGUGGCCUCGCACUUCGGACAGGCCAACAUGGUGCGCUUUUUGCUGCAGAACGGAGCCAAUGUGGAUGCGGCCACCUCGAUUGGGUACACGCCGCUGCAUCAGACCGCCCAGCAGGGUCAUUGCCACAUUGUGAACCUCCUGCUGGAGCACAAGGCCAAUGCCAAUGCCCAGACGGUCAAUGGGCAGACACCGUUGCACAUUGCCCGCAAAUUGGGCUACAUCAGUGUCCUCGACUCGCUGAAGACCAUCACCAAGGAGGACGAGGCCGCCACGGCUCCGGCCCAAACCGAGGAGAAGUACCGUGUGGUGGCUCCAGAGGCCAUGCACGAGUCCUUCAUGUCCGACUCCGAGGAAGAGGGCGGCGAAGACAAUAUGCUAUCAGACCAACCAUACCGCUAUUUGACCGUUGAUGAAAUGAAAUCCCUAGGCGACGACUCGCUCCCGAUCGAUGUGACCCGUGAUGAGCGCAUGGACUCCAACCGGAUGACCCAGAGCACCGAGUAUGCCUCUGGAGUGCCGCCCACCAUCGGUGAGGAGGUGAUCAGUCCGCACAAGGCCCAGGUCUACGGCAGUUCGCCCAAGGCCACCGUGGAUGGGGUGUACAUUGCCAAUGGAUCUGGACACGAUGAGCCGCCGCAUGUGGGCCGCAAACUGAGCUGGAAGAGCUUCCUGGUGUCCUUCCUGGUCGAUGCCCGUGGAGGAGCCAUGCGUGGCUGUCGGCACAGUGGCGUCCGGAUGAUCAUUCCCUCCCGAUCCACCUGUCAGCCAACUAGGGUCACCUGUCGCUAUGUGAAGCCGCAGCGCACCAUGCAUCCCCCUCAACUGAUGGAGGGCGAGGCUCUGGCCAGUCGUGUCCUGGAACUGGGCCCAUGCUCCACCAAGUUCAUUGGGCCGGUGGUCAUGGAGGUGCCACAUUUCGCCUCGCUGCGUGGCAAGGAGCGCGAGAUCAUUAUCCUGCGCUCGGACAAUGGUGAAACAUGGCGGGAGCACACCAUCGAUAACUCCGAGGAGAUAAUCCACGAUGUCCUGCAGCAGUGUUUCGAGCCAGAGGAAAUUGCCCAACUGGAGGAGCAGGCUGGCAACCAUGUCUGCCGCUUUGUCACCUACGACUUCCCUCAGUACUUCGCCGUGGUAUCGCGUAUACGCCAGGAGGUACAUGCCAUUGGGCCCGAGGGCGGCAUGGUGUCCAGCACAGUGGUGCCGCAGGUGCAGGCCGUCUUCCCACAGGGAGCCCUCACCAAGAAGAUCAAAGUUGGCUUACAGGCCCAGCCGGUGGAUCCCGAUCUCACCGCCAAGCUUUUGGGCCGCGGCGUGGCCGUAUCGCCCAUUGUUACGGUCGAGCCGCGUCGCCGGAAAUUCCACAAGGCCAUCACCCUCAGCAUGCCCGCCCCCAAGGCUCACAGCCAGGGGAUGAUCAAUCAGUACUCGGGCAACACGCCCACCCUGCGACUGCUCUGCUCGAUUACAGGUGUGUUUCGGAAAAGGUCUCUAAAAGGUGGACCAUCCCGUGCUCAAUGGGAGGAUGUUACCGGUUCCACGCCUCUGACUUUUGUCAACGACUGUGUCUCCUUUACGACCACUGUAUCUGCUCGAUUCUGGCUGAUGGAUUGCCGCAAUAUUUCGGACGCCACCAAAAUGGCCACCGAGCUGUACAAGGAAGUAAUUCACGUGCCGUUCAUUGCCAAGUUUGUGGUGUUCGCCAAGAAGAUCGAACCUUUCGAGGCCCGUCUCCGCGUCUUCUGCAUGACCGACGACCGCGAGGAUAAAACACUCGAGAAGCACGAACUCUACACGGAAGUGGCCAAGAGCCGCGAUGUGGAGGUCCUUGAGGGCAAGCCGCAGUACAUCGAGAUGGCCGGCAACCUGGUACCCGUUACCAAAUCGGGCGACCAGUUGCAGCUGCAAUUCAAGGCCUUCCGAGAGAACCGUCUGCCCUUCACUGUGCGUGUCAAAGACCAGCAUGCUGAUAUAGUGGGGCGCACACUGUUCAUGAAAGAGCCGAAGGUGGCCAAGGGUGAGCCCCCGCAACAGCCCAUUUGCAUACUGAACAUCGUACUUCCGGAGGCUGUAAUUCCGGACUCAACUACAGCUUUCUCGGACCGUGUCACCUCCGCCUACAGGACCUCAAUGUUCAGUUUGAGCAAACAUCAAAAUGACCAUUACAUUGGCGACAUCCGCAUCGUUGAUCUCUCAAACCUGUUGGGUAAAGAUUGGAUUCAGCUGGCACCUGAAAUUGGCAUUAAUGCGGAGGAAAUUGACGAGAUUAUCAACCAAAACACCGACAGUAUUGCCAGGCAGGCGCAGAGCAUGAUUCGCCUGUAUAAGGACAAGCCCAACUACGAUAUCCUGUCACUGGAAACAGCUCUUAAGGACAUAGGACGAGACGAUAUUAUGAAAAAGUGCAAGAGUGGACGACUAUCGCAUUCACGAGAGUUUGACGACACGGAUAUCAUGAAAAACUCGGAAUCCGUGGAGGAGCUGGUUCGCAAAGAAACUCUUCCCUCAGGCAAGCGAAUCCAACAAAUCAACGAACGCGAGGAAGUCAAAUACUCUGCCGAGGAGAAGGAAGUCGAGGAAUCCGAAUCCGAUGAGGAAGCUGCUAAGCGAACAGUGGCCGAGCGCCGUGAGAAGAUUGUCAAACGACUGUCCGUAGAGCGAUCCAUUCCUGCCUCGACGCAAAAGAGAGAGAUAAACCGCGAAAUAACCGAAAUCAAGCGGAAGAGUCUUAUCGAGGACAAAAAGGCACAUCACGAGUCCGAGAUACUGAUGCAACUGCCCGCCGACAAUGUGAUCAUCAAGACAACUACAGUACCCGAUCAAGUCAUCAAGAUGAAGAUGGGCAAGAUGGACUCAACCGAAGUCAGCAAGAGCGAGUUCGACAAAGAACUGACGCACAAGUUCAAGACAUCCGGCCGCAGCUCGGAGGAGGAAGACCAGCCAUCAUCUCCAGACCAGACUGAUAAAAUUGUCCAGGACAUCAGUGCUGCCGAAAAGAAGGAGAAAGAUGGAGUCACCUUCAGUCGGGUGACCACCAUAACCCGCCAAGAAGCUCGGGACAUCACAGAGGAUUUCCUGGAGAUCGAAAAGCGCAGCCAACUCCCUGCUACUUCCACCACCGCAACGGUUCACGAGAAGUUUGUUGAAGAGGUCAAGGAGAAGACCAGUCCCCUGGCUUCAAUGCCUCAGGAAACAGUAAAAGAGGUGCAGCAAGUUAUCAGCGAGGUGACCGAAAUCGCCAGCAAGAAGGUUGAGAACAUAAUAAGCUCCUUCGAGACCAGCAAACCCGUGAAAUCUAUAGCAACCUUGCCCACUCAGGCGUCUGCCGAAUCAACAAGGGUCAGCGAUACGAUUAAACACCUGGAGGAUACCAAGACAGUGACCCAGGAGCAAUCGAAAUCUGUCCAAAUCAUUGAAAGCUCAAGUAUAGAGGAGACAAUUGCCGAAUUCGAAGCCAAGAAGGUCAAGUAUGACUUCCAUGGUGGCGAACCCAAGACCCAGAUCCCUAAGUUUACACGCAAGCCGAGCGAGGACUCGAUGAAACUUACCGCAGCUCCACGUGCUACAGUUGAGUCCGAUAUUGAUUCGGUGGCUGAGACCAAAUCUGAGAAACCUGUCUCAAAGAUACCAGUCAAGACAACACCAGCCGAAGCUCAAAAGAUUGGUGAAGUGGAUGCUCGGAAAAUGACUCUAGACUUUCUGCAGGGCGAAAAACUGGCUGCCGAACCAAAGGCAGCCGCAGCAGCCAGUAAGAUACCCAAAGUGGAGCCGAGAAAAUCAAUGGAUAAGCAAGAAUCAAAGAUCUUGGAUGAUGUUGUCGCCUCUACAGCUACCAUUAUGACAGCAGGUCUGGGAACUGAACAGCUAAAGGACAAGCCCGUUGAACACCCAGAAAUGAUUGCUAAAGCUGAGACUCUUACCGAAAAGGUCUCCGAGCUGAUUGACACAUUCCACAAGAUCGAGGAGAAGGUCACGAAGUCAGAGAAAACGUCGGAAAUUUCCAGCAAAGUGGAUGAGUUAGUCAAGAUUGAAGAUAAGUCCCUAACUCAUGUUCAACCAAAGGAGGAUAUAGUGGCGGAAAAGGUGGCCGAAGUAGUUGAAACAUUCCACAAGAUCGAAGAGCAAAUCACAACCGCCGAAGCCCGCAAGCUCACCCACGAUUUCCUCAGCAUGGAGCAGCAAAGCCAAUUACAAACCAUUCCGCAAACCUCUGAGAAGCUCCUUGAAUCCAGUUUGACAUCCACAAGUGCAUCGGAACCGGAUUCAAUAGUCACUGUGAAAUCCUUACCGCUAGCCAGUAGGAUACCUGUGGUAGAGCCCAGGAAAACCAUAAUAGAAGAAACUAAAAAGCCUCUGACUGAGACUGAGCCUGUACAGGCCACUGAAAACAAACCCCUGAAUGAGCGACAAUUAACCGCUGAUUUCUUGAGCAUGGAACAGCAAACUCAGCUCGUUUCCGAACCUGCAAAGAACCUGGUUGAGGAGGUGACAAAGACUGCUGAACGACUAGUGGAACAGCCUAAAGAGCAAAAACCACGGAACGAGCGUCAGCUCACUGAAGAUUUCCUAAAUAUGGAAAAGCAGACGCAGCUGCCGUCAAAGGUCAUAGGCAGUGAGUCCAAGCUUAAAGAAGAACUGAUUGAUGGCAUUGAGUCAGCGGCCCCAGUUGGGGAUGCAUCACCUUUCCACACACCCAAGCUGACCACCACUGUGGUAACUCAAGUGCCCCAACAUCUGACAAGUGAAUAUGACAGUGACACCUUUGGCAAGCAAGCCACUGCUCCACUAACAGAUUUAAUCAAAGAGGAGGGACUUAUUGCUCCAGUGUCCGCGGAACCACGGAAGUCGCUGACGGAUGCUGAGUUCUGCAAAUCGGUGGGAGAAACGAUCACCAAGAAGAUGAGCGUGGGCGUAAUUGAAAUAUCUGAUGAGCUCAAGAAAAUAGAGAGCGAAAUUCCACACUCCCAGACUCCUCCACCAACACCGAGUGACACCAAAACCGACAAGCAGAGCGAGGAACCCGAACUAAUAAGUUUGGAACGUGAUUACCUGGCCGACACUGUGACCACACUGCAUACGACCACAGAGUCCACUUUUGAACGCGUCUCUGCCAUUACCAAAAUUGAAAUGAGUACAAGUAGUCAAACACCGAAGACGACAACAUCGACGAUCCUGACAGCACAAAUAGAUCGCACCAAAAUAGACUUAACAAUUCCAGAGCAAGAUCGGCUAAAGAAGGAGCCGAAGGAUCACCCAGCAGUAGAUGUAGGUGCAGAUACAGAGAAAAGUGCCAGUGAUAGGGAGUAUUUAGAGCAAAUUAUAGGCUGUGGCGAUGUCAGACGCAAGAUAAUGCGUUUGGAAAGCAGUGGCAGCAUAGAAUCAUUGGAGUCAAUCGGCAAGCAAACCGCUGUGGGCCCCAAAUAUAUAGGCGAUAACAUACCAGUGGUACGAGAGGUGGUGCAGAGCAUUGAGGAUAAGAUCUGUAAUACAGUGGUGUCGGCCAUUCCGUUUACUGUGCAGAAGCGGCAGCCCCACGAAGAUGAUGAGGAACCUGAUGUAGUGGAGAUAGAAAAGCAAAUACUAACGCCAGCGGACUUGGCCCUGGAAAAUUUAAUCGAACGUGAGCCCCCCGCUCAGGUGACAAAGAUUUCACCCAUCGAGGCUAUGGAGCGUGUGGGUAUUGGUCUAAAAGAAAUUGAAGAAAAUGUUUGUGAAAAAGUUUGUGAGAAGCGCAAGGCCUUUGUGGUAGCUAAAGACUUAUGUGAAACAGAAAAGACUUUAACAGAACAGGUAAUAGAUUUAAAUAGGCAAGUAGAACAGAUACCUGCAAAGAUUUUAACCGAAACUGUUGAGGAGCACUUAGGCAUAGAAGUUAAGGAUGUUAUGGAAGCUUUACCGAAAGUAAGGGAAGUUGUGCAGGACUUCGAACGGCGUUAUCCCGCAUCGAAUCUUGAGGCUAAGCCGUUUAGUCCCCGAAAACGAGAAAUCCCGGAACGUAAUGCUGAUGUUUCGUCCAUAGAGCAACAGAUUUUAAGCGAUGCCGAUUUGAUUUUUGAUGUUUUGGGCUCUAAACACGUACCAGAGCAAAACGUACAGUCACCCUUUUCGUCAAUGGAAAAGUCGAACGGCAGUACUGAAAAUCUCGAAGACGUAUGUGAAAAGAAAUGCUCAAAACGCACAAUCUCUGAUAUGGCAAAAGCCUUUGAAAACCCAAAAGAGAAAGAAUCUCCAUCAAUUAAAAACGUUAAAUCGGCAACAGUCAUGUUUCUAGAACAUGAGUCCGGAAAAUUCGGUAUUACGGAAAGUAAUAAAGACUUUGAGGCUAAGGGUACUUUACAAGAAGAACUAAUAGGUAUUGCAGACAGUCAAAUUAGAUUUUUAACAGAAUGUGAUAAACAAGAAUUUCCAAUAGAAUCUAUUAAGGAUACUAAGCUGGUAGAAUUUCCAAAAAUUGCACACACCCUCGAACGGUUACAUUCCACUUCUAAAACGAACGUCGAGGAUACAAAGGAGUUUGUCCACGAAGCUAUUGAAUAUGAAGAUAGAAUGGAUAGGCUUGUGGACCACAGAUCACACCUAACAGCACUAAAAGGUAACCAAAACCUAGAAAUGGACAUCCAUGUCAAGUUUCCUACGCAUGAUAAAACAGACGAGCUUCAAACGUCUAUGACUUAUCUUGUCUCAAUGACUGAUACACAAAAUAAGUUUCCAUCUGACAAGAAAAAAAGUGUAGAUAAACAACCAACUGAAAGCGAUAGUGAUGAAGAGAUGGACAAUCUUAAAAAGAUAAAAAAACUUAAGCAUUUAUCGAAAAUUGAGCAAGCAUCCCCUUUAGAUGAAACUAGAAUCAUCGAACCUACUCAAAAAAGAGAUAUAACCAAGUUUCCAACAGCCAACGCCAUCAUUGAAAGUGUUGAAAAAUUCGGCAAAUUCAAAGAUAAUUUGAAUGACCAAAGUCAGGAAGAGCUUGUAAUUUUCAAACCUGAAAUUCAAACCAUAACAACUUUGAAAGCAUCAAAAAAUAAUCUCAGCACCGACGAUAACAUACCAACGAUUUCAGCCAAUGAGUCAGAAAGCCAUCUUAAGAACGAAAUGAAGGAAAGUAAUGGAGAUUGUGGCCUUCCCAAACCCCAUGACAAGCCCGUUAGUGAAACAACUCCUUGCAUAACCCCUUCUGCUGCUCCAGAUAAGUUGCCUUUGAAAUACAAUGUGGUGCCUGAGCCAGUUCCUAUUUUCAAAGCGGACAAAAGCUCCACUAUUGAAUCAAUAGAUAGCAAGAUCAGCAAACCUAUAGAUUCCUUUGCAAGUUUGAAAGAUGAUAAGGUCCCAACCACCUUAGGCGAUAAGCCAAAGUCACCAGUCGAAUUAGUGACAUCUUACCAGAAGAGGUAUUCGGACGAUGAAAGCAACGAUGAGGUUGGUGUUCCUAAGCCCCAAGACAAGCCCGUUUCUCAGCCAGCUCCUUUAGUAACUUCUCUUAUCGAUGCUGGGGUUAGAUCUCCAGUUAAACCUGAUGAGAAACCAAAGUCGCUUGACCUUCACGACGAAAAGAUUCCAACUAAGAUAGGAGACAAGCUCAAAUCACCCAUUGAGUCAGUGAAGCCUAGUGUGAAGGAGUAUUCGGACGACGAAAGUGAUGAAGAGUUUGGCAUUCCAAUGGCCCAUGACAAACCCGCUACUGAAUCAACUGCCUGGGUAGCCCCUAUUGCUAGCGAUUUAGAUAAGUCGGCUCUUAAAGACGAUGCGAAGCCUAAAGAUGUUAUGGUUUUGAAGGCGGUAGAAAGUUCAACAACAAUUCAAAGCAGUUUAACAAUCCACACUAUUGAAUCAAUAGAUAGCAAGAUCAGCAAACCUAUAGAUCCCUUUUCAAGUUUGAAAGAUGAUAAGGUCCCAACCACCUUAGGCGAUAAGCCCAAGUCACCAGUUGAAUUAUUGACAUCUUACCAGAAGGGGUAUUCGGACGAUGAAAGCGACGAUGAGGUUGGUGUUCCUAAGCCUCAAGAAAAGUCCGUUUCUCAGCCAGCUCCUUUGGUAACUUCUCUUAUUGAUGCUGGGGUUAAAUCUCCAGUUAAACCUGAUGAAAAACCAAAGUCGCUUGACCUUCACGAUGAAAAGGUUCCAACUAAGAUAGGAGACAAGUUCAAAUCACCCAUUGAGGCAGUUAAGCCUAGUGUGAAGGAGAAUUCGGACGACGAAAGUGAUGAAGAGUUUGGCAUUCCUAAGGCCCAUGACAAACCCGCUACUGAAUCAACUGCCUGGGUAGCCCCUAUUACUAGGGAUGUAGAUAAGUCGGCCCUUAAAGACGAUGCGAAGCCUAAGGAAUAUAUUGUUUUGAAGGCGGAAGUAAGUUCAACAACAAUUCAAAGCAGUUUAACAAGCCACACUAUUGAAUCAAUAGAUAGCAAGAUCAGCAAACCUAUAGAUCCCUUUGCAAGUUUGAAAGAUGAUAAGGUCCCAACCACCUUAGCCGAUAAGCCCAAGUCACCAGUUGAAUUAGUGACAUCUUACCAGAAGGGGUAUUCGGACGAUGAAAGCGACGAUGAGGUUGGUGUUCCUAAGCCCCAAGGCAAGCCCGUUUCUCAGCCAGCUCCUUUAGUAACUUCUCUUAUCGAUGCUGAGGUUAGAUCCCCUGUUAAACCUGAUGAAAAACCAAAGUCGCUUGGCCUUCACGAUGAAAAGGUUCCAACUAAGAUAGGAGACAAGCUCAAAUCACCCAUUGAGGCAGUUAAGCCUAGCGUGAAGGAGUAUUCGGACGACGAAAGUGAUAAAGAGUUUGGCAUUCCAAAGGCCCAUGACAAAAUCGCUACUGAAUCAACUGCCUGGGUAGCCCCUAUUACUAGCGAUUUAGAUAAGUCGGCUCUUAAAGACGAUGCGAAGCCUAAGGAUGUUACGGUUUUGAAGGCGGUAGAAAGUUCAACAACAAUUCAAAGCAGUUUAACAAGCUCCACUAUUGAAUCAAUAGAUAGCAAGAUCAGCAAACCUAUAGAUCCCUUUGCAAGUUUGAAAGAUGAUAAGGUCCCAACCACCUUAGGCGAUAAGCCCAAGUCACCAGUUGAAUUAGUGACAUCUUACCAGAAGGGGUAUUCGGACGAUGAAAGCGACUAUGAGGUUGAUGUUCCUAAGCCCCAAGGCAAGCCCGUUUCUCAGCCAGCUCCUUUGGUAACUUCUCUUGUCGAUGCUGGGGUUAAAUCUCCUGUUAAGCCUGAUGAAAAACCAAAGUCGCUUGACCUUCAUGAUGAAAAGGUUCCAACUAAGAUAGGAGACAAGCUCAAAUCACCCAUUGAGGCAGUUAAGCCUAGUGUGAAGGAGUAUUCGGACGACGAAAGUGAUGAAGAGUUUGGCAUUCCUAAGGCCCAUGACAAACCCGCUACUGAAUCAAAUGCCUGGGUAGCCCCUAUUGCUAGCGAUUUAGAUAAGUCGGCUCUUAAAGACGAUGCGAAGCCUAAAGAUGUUAUGGUUUUGAAGGCGGUAGAAAGUUCAACAACAAUUCAAAGCAGUUUAACAAUCCACACUAUUGAAUCAAUAGAUAGCAAGAUCAGCAAACCUAUAGAUCCCUUUUCAAGUUUGAAAGAUGAUAAGGUCCCAACCACCUUAGGCGAUAAGCCCAAGUCACCAGUUGAAUUAUUGACAUCUUACCAGAAGGGGUAUUCGGACGAUGAAAGCGACGAUGAGGUUGGUGUUCCUAAGCCUCAAGAAAAGUCCGUUUCUAAGCCAGCUCCUUUGGUAACUUCUCUUAUUGAUGCUGGGGUUAAAUCUCCAGUUAAACCUGAUGAAAAACCAAAGUCGCUUGACCUACACGACGAAAGGAUUCCAACUAAGAUAGGAGACAAGCUCAAAUCACCCAUUGAGUCAGUGAAGCCUAGUGUGAAGGAGUAUUCGGACGGCGGAAGUGAUGAAGAGUUUGGCAUUCCUAAGGCCCAUGACAAAACCGCUACUGAAUCAACUGCCUGGGUAGGCCCUAUUACUAGCGAUUUUGAUAAGUCGACUCUUAAAGACGAUGCGAAGCCUAAGGAAGUUACGGUUUUGAAGGCGGUAGAAAGUUCAAUAACAAUUCAAAGCAGUUUAACAAGCUCCACUAUUGAAUCAAUAGAUAGCAAGAUCAGCAAACCUAUAGAUCCCUUUGCAAGUUUGAAAGAUCAUAAGGUCCCAACCACCUUAGACGAUAAACCCAAGUCACCAGUUGAAUUAUUGACAUCUUACCAGAAGGGGUAUUCGGACGAUGAAAGCGACGAUGAGGUUGGUGUUUCUAAGCCCCAAGACAAGCCUGUUUCUCAGCUAGCUCCUUUGGUAACUUAUCUUAUUGAUGCUGGGGUUAGAUCUCCAGUUAAACCUGAUGAGAAACCAAAGUCGCUUGACCUACACGACGAAAAGUUUCCAAUUAAACCCAAAUCACCCAUUGAGUCAGUGAAGCCUAGUGUGAAGGAGUAUUCGGACGACGAAAGUGGUGAAGAGUUUGGCAUUCCAAAGUCCCAUGACAAACCCGCUACUGAAUCAACUGCCUGGGUAGCCCCUAUUGCUAGCGAUUUAGAUAAGUCGGCUCUUAAAGACGAUGCGAAGUCUAAGGAAGUUACGGUUUCGAAGGCGGUAGAAAGUUCAAUAACAAUUCAAAGCAGUUUAACAAGCUCCACUAUUGAAUCAAUAGAUAGCAAGAUCAGCAAACCUAUAGAUCCCUUUGCAAGUUUGAAAGAUCAUAAGGUCCCAACCACCUUAGGCGAUAAACCCAAGUCACCAGUUGAAUUAGUGACAUCUUACCAGAAGGGGUAUUCGGACGAUGAAAGCGACGAUGAGGUUGAUGUUUCUAAGCCCCAAGGCAAGCCCGUUUCUCAGCCAGAUCCUUUGGUAACUUCUCUUAUCGAUGCUGGGGUUAAAUCUCCUGUUAAGCCUGAUGAAAAACCAAAGUCGCUUGACCUUCACGAUGAAAAGGUUCCAACUAAGAUAGGAGACAAGCUCAAGUCACCCAUUGAGGCAGUUAAGCCUAGUGUGAAGGAGUAUUCAGACGGCGAAAGUGAUGAAGAGUUUGGCAUUCCUAAGGCCCAUGACAAACCCGCUACUGAAUCAAAUGCCUGGGUAGCCCCUAUUGCUAGCGAUUUAGAUAAGUCGGGUCUUAAAAACGAUGCGAAGCCUAAGGAUGUUACGGUUUUGAAGGCGGUAGAAAGUUCAACAACAAUUCAAAGCAGUUUAACAAGCUCCACUAUUGAAUCAAUAGAUAGCAAGAUCAGCAAACCUAUAGAUCCCUUUGCAAGUUUGAAAGAUGAUAAGGUCCCAACCACCUUAGACGAUAAGCCCAAGUCACCAGUUGAAUUAGUGACAUCUUACCAGAAGGGGUAUUCGGACGAUGAAAGCGACGAUGAGGUUGGUGUUCCUAAGCCUCAAGAAAAGCCCGUUUCUCAGCCAGCUCCAUUGGUAACUUCUCUUAUUGAUGCUGGGGUUAAAUCUCCAGUUAAACCUGAUGAAAAACCAAAGUCGCUUGACCUACACGACGAAAAGAUUUCAACUAAGAUAGGAGACAAGCUCAAAUCACCCAUUGAGUCAGUGAAGCCUAGUGUGAAGGAGUAUUCGGACGACGAAAGUGAUGAAGAGUUUGGCAUUCCAAAGGCCCAUGACAAACCCGCUACUGAAUCAACUGCCUGGGUAGCCCCUAUUGCUAGCGAUUUAGAUAAGUCGGCUCUUAAAGACGAUGCGAAGCCUAAGGAUGUUACGGUUUUGAAGGCGGUAGAAAGUUCAACAACAAUUCAAAGCAGUUUAACAAGCUCCACUAUUGAAUCAAUAGAUAGCAAGAUCAGCAAACCUAUAGAACCCUUUGCAAGUUUGAAAGAUGAUAAGGUCCCAACCACCUUAGGCGAUAAGCCCAAGUCACCAGUCGAAUUAGUGACAUCUUACCAGAAGGGGUAUUCGGCCGAUGAAAGCGACGAUGAGGUUGGUGUUUCUAUGCCCCAAGACAAGCCUGUUUCUCCUCUAGCUCCUUUGGUAACUUCUCUUAUUGAUGCUGGGGUUAGAUCUCCAGUUAAACCUGAUGAGAAACCAAAGUCGCUUGACCUACACGACGAAAAGUCUCCAAUUAAACCCAAAUCACCCAUUGAGUCAGUGAAGCCUAGUGUGAAGGAGUAUUCGGACGACGAAAGUGAUGAAGAGUUUGGCAUUCCAAAGGCCCAUGACAAACCCGCUACUGAAUCAACUGCCUGGGUAGCCCCUAUUGCUAGCGAUUUAGAUAAGUCGGCUCUUAAAGACGAUGCGAAGCCUAAGGAUGUUACGGUUUUGAAGGCGGUAGAAAGUUCAACAACAAUUCAAAGCAGUUUAACAAGCUCCACUAUUGAAUCAGUAGAUAGCAAGAUCAGCAAACCUAUAGAUCCCUUUGCAAGUUUGAAAGAUGAUAAGGUCCCGAACACCUUAGGCGAUAAACCCAAGUCACCAGUUGAAUUAAUGACAUCUUACCAGAAGGGGUAUUCGGACGAUGAAAGCGACUAUAAGGUUGAUGUUCCUAAGCCCCAAGGCAAGCCCGUUUCUCAGCCAGAUCCUUUGGUAACUUCUCUUAUCGAUGCUGGGGUUAAAUCUCCUGUUAAGCCUGAUGAAAAACCAAAGUCGCUUGACCUUCACGAUGAAAAGGUUCCAACUAAGAUAGGAGACAAGCUCAAAUCACCCAUUGAGUCAGUGAAGCCUAGUGUGAAGGAGUAUUCGGACGACGAAAGUGAUGAAGAGUUUGGCAUUCCUAAGGCCCAUGACAAACCCGCUACUGAAUCAACUGCCUGGGUAGCCCCUGUUGCUAGCGAUUUAGAUAAGUCGGCUCUUAAGGACGAUGCGAAGUCUAAGGAUGUUACGGUUUUGAAGGCGGUAGAAAGUUCAACAACAAUUCAAAGCAGUUUAACAAGCCACACUAUUGAAUCAAUAGAUAGCAAGAUCAGCAAACCUAUAGAUCCCCCUUCAAGUUUGAAAGAUGAUAAGGUCCCAACCACCUUAGGCGAUAAGCCGAAGUCACCAGUUGAAUUAGUGAAAUCUUACCAGAUGGGGUAUUCGGACGAUGAAAGCGACGAUGAGGUUGGUGUUUCUAAGUCCCAAGACAAGCCUGUUUCUCAGCUAGCUCCUUUGGUAACUUCUCUUAUCGAUGCUGGGGUUAAAUCUCCUGUUAAACCUGAUGAGAAACCAAAGUCGCUUGACCUACACGACGAAAAGGUUCCAAUUAAACCCAAAUCACCCAUUGAGUCAGUGAAGCCUAGUGUGAAGGAGUAUUCGGACGACGAAGGUGAUGAAGAGUUUGGCAUUCCAAAGGCCCAUGACAAACCCGCUACUGAAUCAACUGCCUGGGUAGCCCCUAUUGUUAGCAAUUUAGAUAAGUCGGCUCUUAAAGACGAUGCGAAGCCUAAAGAUGUUACGGUUUUGAAGGCGGUAGAAAGUUCACCAAAAAUUCAAAGCAGUUUAACAAUCCACACUAUUGAAUCAAUAGAUAGCAAGAUCAGCAAACCUAUAGAUCCCCCUUCAAGUUUGAAAGAUGAUAAGGUCCCAACCACUUUAGGCGAUAAGCCCAAGUCACCAGUUGAAUUAGUGAAAUCUUACCAGAAGGGGUAUUCGGACGAUGAAAGCGACGAUGAGGUUGGUGUUCCUAAGCCUCAAGACAAGCCCGUUUCUCAGCCAGCUCCUUUGGUAAUUUCUCUUAUUGAUGCUGGGGUUAAAUCUCCAAUUAAACCUGAUGAAAAACCAAAGUCGCUUGACCUACACAACGAAAAGAUUCCAACUAAGAUAGGAGACAAGCUCAAAUCACCCAUUGAGUCAGUGAAGCCUAGUGUGAAGGAGUAUUCGGACGACGAAAGUGAUGAAGAGUUUGGCAUUUCUAAGGCCCAUGACAAACCCCCUACUGAAUCAACUGCCUGGGUAGCCCCUAUUGCUAGCGAUUUAGAUAAGUCGGCUCUUAAAGACGAUGCGAAGCCUAAGGAUGUUACGGUUUUGAAGGCGGUAGAAAGUUCAACAACAAUUCAAAGCAGUUUAACAAGCUCCACUAUUGAAUCAAUAGAUAGCAAGAUCAGCAAACCUAUAGAUCCCUUUGCAAGUUUGAAAGAUGAUAAGGUCCCAACCACUUUAGGCGAUAAGCCCAAGUCACCAGUUGAAUUAGUGAAAUCUUACCAGAAGGGGUAUUCGGGCGAUGAAAGCGACGAUGAGGUUGGUGUUCCUAAGCCUCAAGACAAGCCCGUUUCUCAGCCAGCUCCUUUGGUAAUUUCUCUUAUUGAUGCUGGGGUUAAAUCUCCAAUUAAACCUGAUGAAAAAACAAAGUCGCUUGACCUACACGACGAAAAGAUUCCAACUAAGAUAGGAGACAAGCCCAAAUCAUCCAUUGAGUCAGUGAAGCCUAGUGUGAAGGAGUAUUCGGACGACGAAAGUGAUGAAGAGUUUGGCAUUCCUAAGGCCCAUGACAAACCCUCUACUGAAUCAACUGCCUGGGUAGCCCCUAUUGCUAGCGAUUUAGAUAAGUCGGCUCUUAAAGACGAUGCGAAGCCUAAGGAUGUUACGAUUUUGAAGGCGGUAGAAAGUUCAACAACAAUUCAAAGCAGUUUAACAAGCUCCACUAUUGAAUCAAUAGAUAGUAAGAUCAGCAAACCUAUAGAUCCCCCUUCAAGUUUGAAAGAUGAUAAGGUCCCAACCACCUUAGGCGAUAAGCCCAAGUCACCAGUUGAAUUAGUGAAAUCUUACCAAAAGGGGUAUUCGGACGAUGAAAGCGACGAUGAGGUUGGUGUUUCUAAGCCCCAAGACAAGCCUGUUUCUCAGCUAGCUCCUUUGGUAACUUCUCUUAUCGAUGCUGGGCUUAAAUCUCCUGUUAAACCUGAUGAGAAACCAAAGUCGCUUGACCUCCACGACGAAAAGGUUCCAAUUAAACCCAAAUCACCCAUUGAGUCAGUGAAGCCUAGUGUGAAGAAGUAUUCGGACGACGAAAGUGAUGAAGAGUUUGGCAUUCCAAAGCCCCAUGACAAACCCGCUACUGAAUCAACUGCCUGGGUAGCCCCUAUUACUAGCGAUUUAGAAAAGUCAGCUCUUAAAGACGAUGCGAAGACUAAGGAAGUUACAGUUUUGAAGGCGGUAGAAAGUUCAACAACAAUUCAAAGCAGUUUAACAAGCUCCACUAUUGAAUCAAUAGAUAGCAAGAUCAGCAAACCUAUAGAUCCCUUUGCAAGUUUGAAAGAUGAUAAGGUCCCAACCACCUUAGGCGAUAAGCCCAAGUCACCAAUCGAAUUAGUGACAUCUUACCAGAAGGGGUAUUUGGACGAUGAAAGCGACGAUGAGGUUGGUGUUCCUAAGCCCCAAGACAAGCCCCUUUCUCAGCCAGCUCCUUGGGUAACUUCUCUUAUCGAUGCUGGGGUUAAAUCUCCUGUUAAACCUGAUGAGAAUACAAAGUCGCUUGACCUUCACGACGAAAAGGUUGCAAUUAAACCCAAAUCACCCAUUGAGUCAGUGAAGCCUAGUGUGAAGGAGUAUUCGGACGAUGAAAGUGAUGAAGAGUUUGGCAUUCCAAAGCCCCAUGACAAAACCGCUACUGAAUCAACUGCCUGGAUAGGCCCUAUUACUAGCGAUUUUGAUAAGUCGGCUCUUAAAGACGAUGCGAAGCCUAAAGAUGUUACGGUUUUGAAGGCGGUAGAAAGUUCAACAAUAAUUCAAAGCAGUUUAACAAGCCACACUAUUGAAGCAAUAGAUAGCAAGAUCCGCAAACCUAUAGAUCCCUCUUCAAGUUUGAAAGAUGAUAAGGUCCCAACCACCUUAGGCGAUAAGCCCAAGUCACCAGUUGAAUUAGUGAAAUCUUACCAGAAGGGGUAUUCGGACGAUGAAAGCGACAAUGAGGUUGGUGUUCCUAAGCCUCAAGACAUGCCCCUUUCUCAGCCAGCUCCUUUGGUAACUUCUCUUAUUGAUGCUGGGGUUAAAUCUCCAAUUAAAUCUGAUGAAAAACCAAAGUCGCUUGACUUACACGACGAAAAGAUUUCAACUAAGAUAGGAGACAAGCUCAAAUCACCCAUUGAGUCAGUGAAGCCUAGUGUGAAGGAGUAUUCGGACGACGAAAGUGAUGAAGAGUUUGGCAUUCCUAAGGCCCAUGACAAACCCGCUACUGAAUCAACUGCCUGGGUAGCCCCUAUUGCUAGCGAUCUAGAUAAGUCGGCUCUUAAGGACGAUGUGAAGCCUAAGGAUGUUACGGUUUUGAAGGCGGUAGAAAGUUCAACAACAAUUCAAAGCAGUUUAACAAGCCACACUAUUGAAUCAAUAGAUAGCAAGAUCAGCAAACCUAUAGAUCCCCCUUCAAGUUUGAAAGAUGAUAAGGUCCCAACCACCUUAGGCGAUAAGCCCAAGUCACCAGUUGAAUUAGUGAAAACUUACCAAAAGGGGUAUUCGGACGAUGAAAGCGACGAUGAGGUUGGUGUUUCUAAGCCCCAAAACAAGCCUGUUUCUCAGCUAGCUCCUUUGGUAACUUCUCUUAUCGAUGCUGAGUUUAAAUCUCCUGUUAAACCUGAUGAAAAACCAAAGUCGCUUGACCUCCACGACGAAAAGGUUCCAAUUAAACCCAAAUCACCCAUUGAGUCAGUGAAGCCUAGUGUGAAGGAGUAUUCGGACGACGAAAGUGAUGAAGAGUUUGGCAUUCCUAAGGCCCAUGACAAACCCGCUACUGAAUCAACUGCCUGGGUAGCCCCUAUUGCUAGCGAUUUAGAUGAGUCGGCUCUUAAGGACGAUGCGAAGCCUAAGGAUGUUACGGUUUUGAAGGCGGUAGAAAGUUCAACAACAAUUCAAAGCAGUUUAACAAGCCACACUAUUGAAUCAAUAGAUAGCCAGAUCAGCAAACCUAUAGAUCCCCCUUCAAGUUUGAAAGAUGAUAAGGUCCCAACCACCUUAGGCGAUAAGCCCAAGUCACCAGUUGAAUUAGUGAAAUCUUACCAAAAGGGGUAUUCGGACGAUGAAAGCGACGAUGAGGUUGGUGUUUCUAAGCCCCAAGACAAGCCUGUUUCUCAGCUAGCUCCUUUGGUAACUUCUCUUAUCGAUGCUGGGCUUAAAUCUCCUGUUAAACCUGAUGAGAAACCAAAGUCGGUUGACCUACACGACGAAAAGAUUCCAACUAAGAUAGGAGACAAGCUCAAAUCACCCAUUGAGUCAGUGAAGCCUAGUGUGAAGGAGUAUUCGGACGACGAAAGUGAUGAAGAGUUUGGCAUUCCAAAGCCCCAUGACAAACCCGCUACUGAAUCAACUGCCUGGGUAGCCCCUAUUACUAGCGAUUUAGAAAAGUCAGCUCUUAAAGACGAUGCGAAGGCUAAGGAAGUUACAGUUUUGAAGGCGGUAGAAAGUUCAACAACAAUUCAAAGCAGUUUAACAAGCUCCACUAUUGAAUCAAUAGAUAGCAAGAUCAGCAAACCUAUAGAUCCCUUUGCAAGUUUGAAAGAUGAUAAGGUACCAACCACCUUAGGCGAUAAGCCCAAGUCACCAGUCGAAUUAGAGACAUCUUACCAGAAGGGGUAUUUGGACGAUGAAAGCGACGAUGAGGUUGGUGUUCCUAAACCCCAAGACAAGCCCCUUUCUCAGCCAGCUCCUUGGGUAACUUCUCUUAUCGAUGCUGGGGUUAAAUCUCCUGUUAAACCUGUUGAGAAUACAAAGUCGCUUGACCUUCACGACGAAAAGGUUGCAAUUAAACCCAAAUCACCCAUUGAGUCAGUGAAGCCUAGUGUGAAGGAGUAUUCUGACGACGAAAGUGAUGAAGAGUUUGACAUUCCUAAGGCCCAUGACAAAACCGCUACUGAAUCAACUGCCUGGGUAGGCCCUAUUACUAGCGAUUUUGAUAAGUCGGCUCUUAAAGACGAUGCGAAGCCUAAAGAUGUUACGGUUUUGAAGGCGGUAGAAAGUUCAACAACAAUUCAAAGCAGUUUAACAAUCCACACUAUUGAAUCAAUAGAUAGCAAGAUCAGCAAACCUAUAGAUCCCUUUUCAAGUUUGAAAGAUGAUAAGGUCCCAACCACCUUAGGCGAUAAGCCCAAGUCACCAGUUGAAUUAGUGAAAUCUUACCAGAAGGGGUAUUCGGACGAUGAAAGCGACGAUGAGGUUGGCAUUCUUAAGCCUCAAUACAAGCCCGUUUCUCAGCCAGCUCCUUUGGUAAUUUCUCUUAUUGAUGCUGGGGUUAAUUCUCCAAUUAAACCUGAUGAAAAACCAAAGUCGCUUGAUCUACACGACGAAAAGAUUCCAACUAAGAUAGGAGACAAGCUCAAAUCACCCAUUGAGUCAGUGAAGCCUAGUGUGAAGGAGUAUUCUGACGACGAAAGUGAUGAAGAGUUUGACAUUCCUAAGGCCCAUGACAAAACCGCUACUGAAUCAACUGCCUGGGUAGGCCCUAUUACUAGCGAUUUUGAUAAGUCGGCUCUUAAAGACGAUGCGAAGCCUAAAGAUGUUACGGUUUUGAAGGCGGUAGAAAGUUCAACAACAAUUCAAAGCAGUUUAACAAUCCACACUAUUGAAUCAAUAGAUAGCCAGAUCAGCAAACCUAUAGAUCCCCCUUCAAGUUUGAAAGAUGAUAAGGUCCCAACCACCUUAGGCGAUAAGCCCAAGUCACCAGUUGAAUUAGUGAAAUCUUACCAAAAGGGGUAUUCGGACGAUGAAAGCGACGAUGAGGUUGGUGUUUCUAAGCCCCAAGACAAGCCUGUUUCUCAGCUAGCUCCUUUGGUAACUUCUCUUAUCGAUGCUGGGCUUAAAUCUCCUGUUAAACCUGAUGAGAAACCAAAGUCGGUUGACCUACACGACGAAAAGAUUCCAACUAAGAUAGGAGACAAGCUCAAAUCACCCAUUGAGUCAGUGAAGCCUAGUGUGAAGGAGUAUUCUGACGACGAGAGUGAUGAAGAGUUUGACAUUCCUAAGGCCCAUGACAAACCCGCUACUGAAUCAACUGCCUGGGUAGCCCCUAUUGCAAGCGAUUUAGAUAAGUCGGCUCUUAAGGACGAUGCGAAGCCUAAGGAUGUUACGGUUUUGAAGGCGGUAGAAAGUUCAACAACAAUUCAAAGCAGUUUAACAAGCCACACUAUUGAAUCAAUAGAUAGCCAGAUCAGCAAACCUUUAGAUCUCCCUUCAAGUUUGAAAGAUGAUAAGGUCCCAACCACCUUAGGCGAUAAGCCCAAGUCACCAGUUGAAUUAGUGAAAUCUUACCAAAAGGGGUAUUCGGACGAUGAAAGCGACGAUGAGGUUGGUGUUUCUAAGCCCCAAGACAAGCCUGUUUCUCAGCUAGCUCCUUUGGUAACUUCUCUUAUCGAUGCUGGGUUUAAAUCUCCUGUUAAACCUGAUGAGAAUACAAAGUCGCUUGACCUUCACGACGAAAAGGUUGCAAUUAAACCCAAAUCACCCAUUGAGUCAGUGAAGCCUAGUGUGAAGGAGUAUUCUGACGACGAAAGUGAUGAAGAGUUUGACAUUCCUAAGGCCCAUGACAAAACCGCUACUGAAUCAACUGCCUGGGUAGGCCCUAUUACUAGCGAUUUUGAUAAGUCGGCUCUUAAAGACGAUGCGAAGCCUAAAGAUGUUACGGUUUUGAAGGCGGUAGAAAGUUCAACAACAAUUCAAAGCAGUUUAACAAUCCACACUAUUGAAUCAAUAGAUAGCAAGAUCAGCAAACCUAUAGAUCCCUUUUCAAGUUUGAAAGAUGAUAAGGUCCCAACCACCUUAGGCGAUAAGCCCAAGUCACCAGUUGAAUUAGUGAAAUCUUACCAGAAGGGGUAUUCGGACGAUGAAAGCGACGAUGAGGUUGGCAUUCUUAAGCCUCAAUACAAGCCCGUUUCUCAGCCAGCUCCUUUGGUAAUUUCUCUUAUUGAUGCUGGGGUUAAAUCUCCAAUUAAACCUGAUGAAAAACAAAAGUCGCUUGAUCUACACGACGAAAAGAUUCCAACUAAGAUAGGAGACAAGCUCAAAUCACCCAUUGAGUCAGUGAAGCCUAGUGUGAAGGAGUAUUCUGACGACGAAAGUGAUGAAGAGUUUGACAUUCCUAAGGCCCAUGACAAAACCGCUACUGAAUCAACUGCCUGGGUAGGCCCUAUUACUAGCGAUUUUGAUAAGUCGGCUCUUAAAGACGAUGCGAAGCCUAAAGAUGUUACGGUUUUGAAGGCGGUAGAAAGUUCAACAACAAUUCAAAGCAGUUUAACAAUCCACACUAUUGAAUCAAUAGAUAGCAAGAUCAGCAAACCUAUAGAUCCCUUUUCAAGUUUGAAAGAUGAUAAGGUCCCAACCACCUUAGGCGAUAAGUCCAAGUCACCAGUUGAAUUAGUGAAAUCUUACCAGAAGGGGUAUUCGGACGAUGAAAGCGACUAUGAGGUUGGUGUUCCUAAGCCCCAAGGCAAGCCCGUUUCUCAGCCAGCUCCUUUGGUAACUUCUCUUAUCGAUGCUGGGGUUAAAUCUCCUGUUAAGCCUGAUGAAAAACCAAAGUCGCUUGACCUUCACGAUGAAAAGGUUCCAACUAAGAUAGGAGACAAGCUCAAAUCACCCAUUGAGUCAGUGAAGCCUAGUGUGAAGGAGUAUUCGGACGACGAAAGUGAUGAAGAGUUUGGCAUUCCUAAGGCCCAUGACAAACCCGCUACUGAAUCAACUGCCUGGGUAGCCCCUAUUGCUAGCGAUUUAGAUGAGUCGGCUCUUAAGGACGAUGCGAAGCCUAAGGAUGUUACGGUUUUGAAGGCGGUAGAAAGUUCAACAACAAUUCAAAGCAGUUUAACAAGCCACACUAUUGAAUCAAUAGAUAGCCAGAUCAGCAAACCUAUAGAUCCCCCUUCAAGUUUGAAAGAUGAUAAGGUCCCAACCACCUUAGGCGAUAAGCCCAAGUCAUCAGUUGAAUUAGUGAAAUCUUACCAAAAGGGGUAUUCGGACGAUGAAAGCGACGAUGAGGUUGGUGUUUCUAAGCCCCAAGACAAGCCUGUUUCUCAGCUAGCUCCUUUGGUAACUUCUCUUAUCGAUGCUGGGCUUAAAUCUCCUGUUAAACCUGAUGAGAAACCAAAGUCGGUUGACCUACACGACGAAAAGAUUCCAACUAAGAUAGGAGACAAGCUCAAAUCACCCAUUGAGUCAGUGAAGCCUAGUGUGAAGGAGUAUUCUGACGACGAGAGUGAUGAAGAGUUUGACAUUCCUAAGGUCCAUGACAAACCCGCUACUGAAUCAACUGCCUGGAUAGGCCCUAUUACUAGCGAUUUUGAUAAGUCGGCUCUUAAAGUCGAUGCGAAGCCUAAGGAUGUUACGGUUUUUAAAGCGGUAGAAAGUUCAACAACAAUUCAAAGCAGUUUAACAAGCCACACUAUUGAAUCAAUAGAUAGCAAGAUCAGCAAACCUAUAGGUCCCUUUUCAAGUUUGAAAGAUGAUAAGGUCCCAACGACCUUAGGCGAUAAGCCCAAGUCACCAGUCGAAUUAGUGACAUCUUCCCAGAAGGGGUAUUCGGACGAUGAAAGCGACGAUGAGGUUGGUGUUCCUAAGCCUCAAGAAAAGCCCGUUUCUCAGCCAGCUCCUUUGGUAACUUCUCUUAUUGAUGCUGGGGUUAAAUCUCCAGUUAAACCUGAUGAAAAACCAAAGUCGCUUGACCUCCACGACGAAAAGGUUCCAAUUAAACCCAAAUCACCCAUUGAGUCAGUGAAGCCUAGUGUGAAGGACUAUUCUGACGACGAAAGUGAUGAAGAGUUUGACAAUCCUAAGGCCCAUGACAAAACCGCUACUGAAUCAACUGCCUGGAUAGGCCCUAUUACUAGCGAUUUUGAUAAGUCGGCUCUUAAAGUCGAUGCAAAGCCUAAGGAUGUUACGGUUUUGAAGGCGGUAGAAAGUUCAACAACAAUUCAAAGCAGUUUAACAAGCCACACUAUUGAAUCAAUAGAUAGCAAGAUCAGCAAACCUAUAGAUCCCUUUUCAAGAUUGAAAGAUGAUAAGGUCCCAACCACCUUAGGCGAUAAGCCCAAGUCACCAGUCGAAUUAGUGACAUCUUCCCAGAAGGGGUAUUCGGACGAUGAAAGCGACGAUGAGGUAGGUGUUCCUAAGCCUCAAGAAAAGCCCGUUUCUCAGCCAGCUCCUUUGGUAACUUCUCUUAUUGAUGCUGGGGUUAAAUCUCCAGUUAAACCUGAUGAAAAACCAAAGUCGCUUGGCCUACACGACGAAAAGAUUCCAACUAAGAUAGGAGACAAGCUCAAAUCACCCAUUGAGUCAGUGAAGCCUAGUGUGAAGGAGAAUUCGGACGACGAAAGUGAUGAAGAGUUUGACAUUCCCAAGGCCCAUGACAAACCCGCUACUGAAUCAACUGCCUGGGUAGCCCCUAUUACUAGCGAUUUAGAAAAGUCAGCUCUUAAAGACGAUGCGAAGACUAAGGAAGUUACAGUUUUGAAGGCGGUAGAAAGUUCAACAACAAUUCAAAGCAGUUUAACAAGCUCCACUAUUGAAUCAAUAGAUAGCAAGAUCAGCAAACCUAUAGAUCCCUUUGCAAGUUUGAAAGAUGAUAAGGUCCCAACCACCUUAGGGGAUAAGCCCAAGUCACCAGUCGAAUUAGUGACAUCUUACCAGAAGGGGUACUCGGACGAUGAAAGCGAUGAUGAGGUUCCUAAGCCUCAAAUCAAGCCCAUUUCUCAGACAGCUUCCUUGGUAACUUCUCAUAUUGAUGUUGCGGUUAAAUCUCCUGUUCUACCAGAUGAGAAACCAAAGUCGCUUGACCUACACGACGAAAAGAUUCCAACUAAGAUAGGAGACAAGCUCAAAUCACCCAUUGAGUCAGUGAAGCCUAGUGUGAAGGAGUAUUCGGACGACGAAAGUGAUGAAGAGUUUGGCAUUCCUAAGGCCCAUGACAAAACCGCUACUGAAUCAACUGCCUGGGUAGGCCCUAUUACUAGCGAUUUUGAUAAGUCGGCUCUUAAAGACGAUGCGAAGCCUAAAGAUGUUACGGUUUUGAAGGCGGUAGAAAGUUCAACAACAAUUCAAAGCAGUUUAAAAUCUGCAAGCAUUACUAUUGAAUCAAUAGAUAGCAAGAUCAGCAAACCUAUAGAUCCCUCUGAAAGUUUGAAAGAUGAUAAGGUCCCAGCCAUCUUAGGCGAUAAGCCCAAGUCACCAGUCGAAUUAGUGACAUCUUACCAGAAGGGGUAUGCGGACGAUGAAAGCGACGAUGAGGUUGGUGUUCCUAAGCCCCAAGGCAAGCCCGUUUCUCAGCCAGCUCCUUUGGUAACUUCUCUUAUCGAUGCUGGGGUUAAAUCUCCAAUUAAACCUGAUGAAAAACCAAAGUCGCUUGAUCUACACGACGAAAAGAUUCCAACUAAGAUAGGAGACAAGCUCAAAUCACCCAUUGAGUCAGUGAAGCCUAGUGUGAAGGAGUAUUCUGACGACGAAAGUGAUGAAGAGUUUGACAUUCCUAAGGCCCAUGACAAAACCGCUACUGAAUCAACUGCCUGGGUAGGCCCUAUUACUAGCGAUUUUGAUAAGUCGGCUCUUAAAGACGAUGCGAAGCCUAAAGAUGUUACGGUUUUGAAGGCGGUAGAAAGUUCAACAACAAUUCAAAGCAGUUUAACAAUCCACACUAUUGAAUCAAUAGAUAGCAAGAUCAGCAAACCUAUAGAUCCCUUUUCAAGUUUGAAAGAUGAUAAGGUCCCAACCACCUUAGCCGAUAAGCCCAAGUCACCAGUUGAAUUAGUGAAAUCUUACCAGAAGGGGUAUUCGGACGAUGAAAGCGACUAUGAGGUUGGUGUUCCUAAGCCCCAAGGCAAGCCCGUUUCUCAGCCAGCUCCUUUGGUAACUUCUCUUAUCGAUGCUGGGGUUAAAUCUCCUGUUAAGCCUGAUGAAAAACCAAAGUCGCUUGACCUUCACGAUGAAAAGGUUCCAACUAAGAUAGGAGACAAGCUCAAAUCACCCAUUGAGGCUGUGAAGCCUAGUGUGAAGGAGUAUUCGGACGACGAAAGUGAUGAAGAGUUUGGCAUUCCUAAGGCCCAUGACAAACCCGCUACUGAAUCAACUGCCUGGGUAGCCCCUAUUGCUAGCGAUUUAGAUGAGUCGGCUCUUAAGGCCGAUGCGAAGCCUAAGGAUGUUACGGUUUUGAAGGCGGUAGAAAGUUCAACAACAAUUCAAAGCAGUUUAACAAGCCACACUAUUGAAUCAAUAGAUAGCCAGAUCAGCAAACCUAUAGAUCCCCCUUCAAGUUUGAAAGAUGAUAAGGUCCCAACCACCUUAGGCGAUAAGCCCAAGUCACCAGUUGAAUUAGUGAAAUCUUACCAAAAGGGGUAUUCGGACGAUGAAAGCGACGAUGAGGUUGGUGUUUCUAAGCCCCAAGACAAGCCUGUUUCUCAGCUAGCUCCUUUGGUAACUUCUCUUAUCGAUGCUGGGCUUAAAUCUCCUGUUAAACCUGAUGAGAAACCAAAGUCGGUUGACCUACACGACGAAAAGAUUCCAACUAAGAUAGGAGACAAGCUCAAAUCACCCAUUGAGUCAGUGAAGCCUAGUGUGAAGGAGUAUUCUGACGACGAGAGUGAUGAAGAGUUUGACAUUCCUAAGGCCCAUGACAAACCCGCUACUGAAUCAACUGCCUGGAUAGGCCCUAUUACUAGCGAUUUUGAUAAGUCGGCUCUUAAAGUCGAUGCGAAGCCUAAGGAUGUUACGGUUUUUAAAGCGGUAGAAAGUUCAACAACAAUUCAAAGCAGUUUAACAAGCCACACUAUUGAAUCAAUAGAUAGCAAGAUCAGCAAACCUAUAGGUCCCUUUUCAAGUUUGAAAGAUGAUAAGGUCCCAACGACCUUAGGCGAUAAGCCCAAGUCACCAGUCGAAUUAGUGACAUCUUCCCAGAAGGGGUAUUCGGACGAUGAAAGCGACGAUGAGUUUGGUGUUCCUAAGCCUCAAGAAACGCCCGUUUCUCAGCCAGCUCCUUUGGUAACUUCUCUUAUUGAUGCUGGGGUUAAAUCUCCAGUUAAACCUGAUGAAAAACCAAAGUCGCUUGACCUCCACGACGAAAAGGUUCCAAUUAAACCCAAAUCACCCAUUGAGUCAGUGAAGCCUAGUGUGAAGGACUAUUCUGACGACGAAAGUGAUGAAGAGUUUGACAAUCCUAAGGCCCAUGACAAAACCGCUACUGAAUCAACUGCCUGGAUAGGCCCUAUUACUAGCGAUUUUGAUAAGUCGGCUCUUAAAGUCGAUGCAAAGCCUAAGGAUGUUACGGUUUUGAAGGCGGUAGAAAGUUCAACAACAAUUCAAAGCAGUUUAACAAGCCACACUAUUGAAUCAAUAGAUAGCCAGAUCAGCAAACCUAUAGAUCCCCCUUCAAGUUUGAAAGAUGAUAAGGUCCCAACCACCUUAGGCGAUAAGCCCAAGUCACCAGUUGAAUUAGUGAAAUCUUACCAAAAGGGGUAUUCGGACGAUGAAAGCGACGAUGAGGUUGGUGUUUCUAAGCCCCAAGACAAGCCUGUUUCUCAGCUAGCUCCUUUGGUAACUUCUCUUAUCGAUGCUGGGCUUAAAUCUCCUGUUAAACCUGAUGAGAAACCAAAGUCGGUUGACCUACACGACGAAAAGAUUCCAACUAAGAUAGGAGACAAGCUCAAAUCACCCAUUGAGUCAGUGAAGCCUAGUGUGAAGGAGUAUUCUGACGACGAGAGUGAUGAAGAGUUUGACAUUCCUAAGGCCCAUGACAAACCCGCUACUGAAUCAACUGCCUGGAUAGGCCCUAUUACUAGCGAUUUUGAUAAGUCGGCUCUUAAAGUCGAUGCGAAGCCUAAGGAUGUUACGGUUUUUAAAGCGGUAGAAAGUUCAACAACGAUUCAAAGCAGUUUAACAAGCCACACUAUUGAAUCAAUAGAUAGCAAGAUCAGCAAACCUAUAGGUCCCUUUUCAAGUUUGAAAGAUGAUAAGGUCCCAACGACCUUAGGCGAUAAGCCCAAGUCACCAGUCGAAUUAGUGACAUCUUCCCAGAAGGGGUAUUCGGACGAUGAAAGCGACGAUGAGUUUGGUGUUCCUAAGCCUCAAGAAACGCCCGUUUCUCAGCCAGCUCCUUUGGUAACUUCUCUUAUUGAUGCUGGGGUUAAAUCUCCAGUUAAACCUGAUGAAAAACCAAAGUCGCUUGACCUCCACGACGAAAAGGUUCCAAUUAAACCCAAAUCACCCAUUGAGUCAGUGAAGCCUAGUGUGAAGGACUAUUCUGACGACGAAAGUGAUGAAGAGUUUGACAAUCCUAAGGCCCAUGACAAAACCGCUACUGAAUCAACUGCCUGGAUAGGCCCUAUUACUAGCGAUUUUGAUAAGUCGGCUCUUAAAGUCGAUGCAAAGCCUAAGGAUGUUACGGUUUUGAAGGCGGUAGAAAGUUCAACAACAAUUCAAAGCAGUUUAACAAGCCACACUAUUGAAUCAAUAGAUAGCAAGAUCAGCAAACCUAUAGAUCCCUUUUCAAGAUUGAAAGAUGAUAAGGUCCCAACCACCUUAGGCGAUAAGCCCAAGUCACCAGUCGAAUUAGUGACAUCUUCCCAGAAGGGGUACUCGGACGAUGAAAGCGAUGAUGAGGUUCCUAAGCCUCAAAUCAAGCCCAUUUCUCAGACAGCUUCCUUGGUAACUUCUCAUAUUGAUGUUGCGGUUAAAUCUCCUGUUCUACCAGAUGAGAAACCAAAGUCGCUUGACCUACACGACGAAAAGAUUCCAACUAAGAUAGGAGACAAGCUCAAAUCACCCAUUGAGUCAGUGAAGCCUAGUGUGAAGGAGAAUUCGGACGACGAAAGUGAUGAAGAGUUUGACAUUCCCAAGGCCCAUGACAAACCCGCUACUAAAUCAACUGCCUGGGUAGCCCCUAUUACUAGCGAUUUAGAAAAGUCAGCUCUUAAAGACGAUGCGAAGACUAAGGAAGUUACAGUUUUGAAGGCGGUAGAAAGUUCAACAACAAUUCAAAGCAGUUUAACAAGCCACACUAUUGAAUCAAUAGAUAGCAAGAUCAGCAAACCUAUAGAUCCCUUUUCAAGAUUGAAAGAUGAUAAGGUCCCAACCACCUUAGGCGAUAAGCCCAAGUCACCAGUUGAAUUAGUGAAAUCUUACCAGAAGGGGUAUUCGGACGAUGAAAGCGACUAUGAGGUUGGUGUUCCUAAGCCUCAAGAAAAGCCCGUUUCUCAGCCAGCUCCUUUGGUAACUUCUCUUAUUGAUGCUGGGGUUAAAUCUCCAGUUAAACCUGAUGAAAAACCAAAGUCGCUUGGCCUACACGACGAAAAGAUUCCAACUAAGAUAGGAGACAAGCUCAAAUCACCCAUUGAGUCAGUGAAGCCUAGUGUGAAGGAGAAUUCGGACGACGAAAGUGAUGAAGAGUUUGACAUUCCCAAGGCCCAUGACAAACCCGCUACUGAAUCAACUGCCUGGGUAGCCCCUAUUACUAGCGAUUUAGAAAAGUCAGCUCUUAAAGACGAUGCGAAGACUAAGGAAGUUACAGUUUUGAAGGCGGUAGAAAGUUCAACAACAAUUCAAAGCAGUUUAACAAGCUCCACUAUUGAAUCAAUAGAUAGCAAGAUCAGCAAACCUAUAGAUCCCUUUGCAAGUUUGAAAGAUGAUAAGGUCCCAACCACCUUAGGGGAUAAGCCCAAGUCACCAGUCGAAUUAGUGACAUCUUACCAGAAGGGGUACUCGGACGAUGAAAGCGAUGAUGAGGUUCCUAAGCCUCAAAUCAAGCCCAUUUCUCAGACAGCUUCCUUGGUAACUUCUCUUAUUGAUGUUGGGGUUAAAUCUCCUAUUAAACCAGAUGAGAAACCAAAGUCGCCUGACUUUCACGACGAAAAGAUUCCAACUAAGAUAGGAGACAAGCUCAAAUCGCCCAUUGAGUCAGUGAAGCCUAGUAUGAAGGAGUAUUCGGACAACGAAAGUGAUGAAGAGUUUGGCAUUCCUAAGGCCCAUGACAAACCCUUUACUGAAUCAACUGCCUGGUUAGCCCCUAUUACUAGCGAUUUAGAAAAGUCAGCUCUUAAAGACGAUGCGAAGACUAAGGAUGUUACGGUUUUGAAGGCGGUAGAAAGUUCAACAACAAUUCAAAGCAGUUUAACAAGCCCCACUAUUGAAUCAAUAGAUAGCAAGAUCAGCAAACCUAUAGAUCUCUUUGCAAGUUUGAAAGAUGAUAAGGGCCCAACCACCUUAGGCGAUAAGCCCAAGUCACCAGUCGAAUUAGUGACAUCUUACCAGAAGGGGUACUCGGACGAUGAAAGCGAUGAUGAGGUUCCUAAGCCUCAAAUCAAGCCCAUUUCUCAGACAGCUUCCUUGGUAACUUCUCAUAUUGAUGUUGCGGUUAAAUCUCCUGUUCUACCAGAUGAGAAACCAAAGUCGCUUGACCUACACGACGAAAAGAUUCCAACUAAGAUAGGAGACAAGCUCAAAUCACCCAUUGAGUCAGUGAAGCCUAGUGUGAAGGAGUAUUCGGACGACGAAAGUGAUGAAGAGUUUGGCAUUCCUAAGGCCCAUGACAAACCCGCUACUGAAUCAACUGCCUGGGUAGCCCCUAUUGCUAGCGAUUUAGAUGAGUCGGCUCUUAAAGACGAUGCGAAGACUAAGGAAGUUACAGUUUUGAAGGCGGUAGAAAGUUCAACAACAAUUCAAAGCAGUUUAAAAUCUGCAAGCAUUACUAUUGAAUCAAUAGAUAGCAAGAUCAGCAAACCUAUAGAUCCCUCUGAAAGUUUGAAAGAUGAUAAGGUCCCAGCCAUCUUAGGCGAUAAGCCCAAGUCACCAGUCGAAUUAGUGACAUCUUACCAGAAGGGGUAUGCGGACGAUGAAAGCGACGAUGAGGUUGGUGUUCCUAAGCCCCAAGACAAGCCCGUUUCUCAGUCAGCUCCUUUGGUAACUUCUCUUAUUGAUGCAGAGGUCAAAUCUCCUGUUAAACCUAAUAAGAAACCAAAGUCGCUUGACCUUCACGACGAUGGAAGUGAUGAUGAGGUUGUUGUUCCUAAGCCUAAUGACAAAUCCGUUGUUCAAACUGCUUCUUUAAUAACUUCUCUAAUUGAAGCUGGGGUUAAAUCUCCUGUUAAAACCACCUUACGAGAUAUGCCCAAACUACCAGCUCAGUCAGUAACACUUAGACAAAAAGAUUAUUCAAAUGAUUCAAAGGUUGGAAUUCCUAAGCCCCAAGACAAGCCGAACGAUGAAAGUGAUGAAGUGUUUGAAAAUUCCAAGCCUGUUAGUGGACCAACCAUUACAGAAGACAAACUGCAGUCACUCCCUUCCCUUUCUCUUGCACAAGACUCUUUGGGCAUGAUGGCGAAGAAACAACAGAUUCGUCAGAUCAGGGAUGAUUUGAUUUCUGAUUGCGAAGAAAAUAGAUCUGUUCAACAGAUUGUUGAGGAUACACUCAGAGCUGGUGAUGCUGAGGUUCAAAAAAUAGUUAAUGAAACACUUAUGAGAGUUCAACAUACAAGAAUCUUGGAUAAUAUUAAGAAUCCGAUCGUAGAUAAGGAACGCUCAGUAGAACAAAUAGUUGAAGAAACACUAAAGAAUGUAAAGCUUACCUCUGAUGACAAAGUGUUCUCCAGUAAACUCGAUAAAACAGAAGCAAAAGAAGUUCAACCAGUUGCCUACUUCGUAAAUUUAAAAGAUGAACAGAAGUCGGUAGCUCCUGUUAAGAAACGAGUAAUUAAAGCUCAACAAAGAAAGGUUAUAAAGUCAGAGUCUGUUAAAACAGAUAGCAAAAAAACAAUGGGGGUUAGGGAAAAACCUAAGAACGACGUUAAAAACGCACCUGUUUCGCAAGAAAAAGUAAAAGUAGUUUAUACCAAGCAACCGCCAAUUACCAAGACCACAUCUACGGUCAAAUCCAAACUACCAAACAAAACUGAGUCCAGACGUUCUGUCACAAGCUCAACUUCAACCAACACCAGUUCGGCUUCCGCCACUAGUCGUGUUAUAAGCGAAAUACAUUUCGAGCGGUCUGCAAGUCCAGCGUCGAGUUCCAUUUUCUAUGAGAGCCAUCCGCAAGGUGAAGGCAGCCGUUCCACCACUCCCAGGCCUAGGGUUAAAACUGACGUCACACGAAUACCCUACAAUGCUUCAAUGCGAUCAUUCAGUCCCCAACCCAAGACGCCCACGUCAAAUAAGACAACCGUGAGACAGCCAAACAAACCUGCCCCUCAAUCUAUCAAAGACCUUACAGAAAAGAGUUCAAAGAAUGCAGUGAGAAUCGGCCGCCAAGAGCACGUUGAGAAGAGGAAAACCCCGACACCGUCAGCCACCCACAGAUAUAUGCAGCCCACCCUGGCCCAUAGCAUGCGAUACGGUUUGAGUGGCGACGGCGAUAUUGGCCAGAAUGCAACGCCAAAGUCACCAGCGCCACCAAAAUCGCCAACUCCGGCCCAAACCAAAAGUACUCACAGAACACCUUUUGUAACAAGUGCCUUGACAAAGUCCACAUCCCAGAUAUCGAAGCAAAAGAACACUAUUGCUGAAAACAAAACAACUCAACCCCGUUCCCAGAUCAAGAGAGGCUCACAAAGUGAUAGCAAGGAGUCCCUAAAAAGCACCGACCGCCUAUACAAACGACAAACAUCCAAAGAAAAUAAGCUAAUAAACGUGAUAGGCUCUAAGAGCCAAGCAACCAAAAGCAUGACGACACAAUCAGCUAAUUCAGCCAAGACACUUGCCUACAGAACUUCCAUAGAAACCGACAACAAGCUUCAAAAGAAGUCCACAGCCAAUUUACAGCGCACCAAAGUUCCGAUUAGCGUGUCUUCCAGUGCAAGGUCUACAGCUAAGUUAGGCAAGAGUGACAUCGACAAGAGACCUCAGGUAGACAAUAAGAAACCAGUAAAACGAACGGUACCCAAAACAAGUGAUGCCAGCGGCACUGCGACCACCACCACCUCCAACAUAACUGUGCAUAGCUCCAUGGAGCCCAAGAUGCAAAAGAAGAUGAAGGACUCCAUGAACGAGUCGAGUUCAAACUCAGGAAGCGGCACCACCAGUGCCAGCGGUUCCUCAAACAGUACGCGGCGCAGUGUGCGAUCCGUUAGCACAGUAAGCCGCAAGACGGACAAGGACUUGACCAACAUUCGACGAGCAGCAGGUGCUGUCGUGUCUACAUCGACCGUGAGAGUUCAUCGGGAACCAAUUGCAACCACCGGCGCUGUUAGCACCGUGCUCGUUGACGACGACUGUGAGGUGAUAACCAUACGUUCCAUUAAAUCAAGCGAUAGUACAAAAAGUUCUACCUCAUCAUCCUCCGGUAGCGGCAGCAACAGUCGCAAGGUUCUAACCAGUGAGGUAUUCACUAAAACCUUCGGGCCCGACAAGCCGCUCGAGGUCGUCUACCGACAGCCCGAGUUUGAUGUAGAACAACACACCAUCAUGUCAAUGCGUCCGCCCUCAACCACAAGCAGCGAUCAGCAGCGAUGCAUCAACGAGUUCGAUGUAAGCUUCAUCGACACCACCGACUCCAGUCUCUCGGACUCCGUUGCCUUGCCUUUGUUUGGCUCCGGCGAUCCCGAGCGUCUGUUGGCCGCCAGUCCCGGCUCCCCCAAGCCGACUCGCAGUCCCUUGGCCCUUAUCGAGGAGACACUGCGUCGCCAGCAACAGCACCACCAUCACCAUCAGCACCACCACCACGUUGGCGUUGCUUCAUCUGGUGCUGCUGCCCUUGACCCUUCUGUUCCAAUGCAAAUGGCUUUUGGAGAGAGUCAACGGGAGGCGGAGGUGGAUGUCGAGAGGAGCAGCACUUCAAAAGAAACCCUACAGGAAAAAAAAGUAGAACUACCCACUCUGGAAGCAGCAAAUAUCUCAAAGGAAAUAAGUGAUGUUAAAGUUGGUGGUGGUGAUGAUGAUGGUGAUGGCGAUGGAGAAGAUCUAGUGGCACGCAUUCGCGAGGAAGCCAAUAUUCUGGUGGAUCGCGUGCUCGAAGAGAGCGUCGAGAUCAUUGAGAGUCACGGUCACCAGGCCAAUGGCCACGAGAUCGCUAAGUUGGAUUACAACUCAGAAAGUGAGAAUUAUGCCAUCACAUGCGACGAUAUCGGCGGCGUCGAUGUUAUCAAAUCGCCCACCAUUGAGUCCAUGUCGGGCAAGUCGUUUGACGACAACAUGAGCUUCACCGACGAGCACAUACAUUUACCCCUGCAUGCCCAGAACACGACCACCACCAUGACAACGACAGUUACCACUCAGUUCCAACAGCAGCAGUCCCAGGUGCAGCUACCCCAAACCAUUUCCCAGGCUGCUGCCACAAGUACAUCGGCGGCAAAAGAACCAGUUCCAGUACUCGAUUCCGUAGCCGUACCUGUUCAAGUAGAGAGUAGUCGAGAUCAGGCCGAAGACGAGAGUGUGACGCGAGCAAGGCGCAUCGAUCGAAAGAUUGAUAAACUAUCCACGGACAUGGACGAUGUGAGUGCCCAGUUCGAUGAGGCGUUCGAGAUGUCCGUGCCAGAGGACGAAAUCAGUGCGUUGCAGGGCGACUUUUCCAAGCUUAGUUGGGAUGACAGUGUGUCCCCCACGACCAACACCAUGGCCGAUAUGGCCCAGAACCAAAUAACGCCCGACAACGAUAUUCAAGAUCUCAUCGCAGAAACAAGCGGCGAUUUACCAAUCUCAAGUGAAACCGAAACCACUCCCGUACCACCGUCGGCAGCUGUGGCCAGCACCACAGCGUACGAAUCAAAAACCAACACCGAAACUGAGCCGACGGUAGAUACCAAUGCAUUCACUACCACCAGCCACGAUACACCCACACCAAAACCACGAGUACUCAAAGCAAGCUCCCCAGUCUCCGAAGGCACUGAUAGCACUACCAUUCCUGGCCCAGUGCCGAAACCCGAAAUACCGAUCGAUAUUAGUUUUGAUUCCGCCGCACCGGUUCCAAAGCCACGUGCUCCCAUUAAGCACACAGAACCGUUCGAAAACCUGGCUGCCCUAGCUGAGCAGUCCGAUAGUAUAAGUCUGAGGAGCUUUGAAUUUACGGAGGAUCUUUCCAAGACGGAUGAACCGUCCACAGAGCUCUCUAUCCGUUCCCAGCUCCGUGACAUAGUCACAACCACCACCACUGCUUCGGAGGAUCAUACCGAGAGCUUUGAGCCAACGAGUGAGAUUUCCGUAGAUGAUGCCGACACUGAAAAAUCGGAGGGCGUUGAAAAGGCCACUAGUUUUUACAUUGGGGAAUCCAGUCGCAAUGUUAUUAUCAAGACCUCGACAAGAUCAGCAAGUGUUACACCGCAAGAUGAGGAAGCCCAAGGCGAAAUAGGAAUCGAUGCCAAGGAUGUUUCUUUAAUGAAGGAGAUAUCCGUCGACUCAGACGAAGCCAACGAUGUUUUCAAGGAGUUUGUCACAAUGAAGCCGGACGAUCCUGCUUCAGUAGAUAGCAAAAUAACCAGACAAGGUUCGGAAACUAGAAAUGAUAUUCUCGAAUUUGAGAAUGCCGAUAAAGACAAGGCAGGGGAGCUGAAGCUCUCCAAAGUGACCACGGAGGAAAGCUUGACCACGUCCACCGGUUCCAGUGGUCGAGCCAUUAUUGAAAUUGCUCCUUCAAGCAGUGAAGAUCCUGAUGAGUCCAGCAAGGAAAUCCCGGAAAUAGUAAAUACAAUCUCUGAAAAGACGGCCUCGACCGAACGUUUUGAAUUGCCCUUAGAGAAAAGCGAAUGGGAAACAUCGGAGAAAGAAAUUCCAACUUCGGGCAAGCCAAAGGUAGUGCACUCACCACAGCAACCACAAGAGACCGACAUAAAGACUUCGAUGGAUAGGACACUCGUAGGGGAGACUCUGGCCGAGGAGAAGGAAAAGCGCUUGAAGGACCACGAAGAAUUACUGGAGGAGUCUUUAUCGGACUUUGGAUUCAAAAGCUUGCCCCAAGGAUUCACUACAGCUGCUGAGAGCGAAGAUAUAUCUUCCUUUAUAGGCAUACCCGAUGAAAGCAUGCAAACUUCUACCUUGGAUAGCACACAGCCUCCAGAAGGUCUAUUCGACACCACAAUCAAGGAGACCCUCAACAAGCAAGCAGCAAUGGCCCACUAUGCACAGGAUGUGUUUGGGAGGGGGGAAACACGUGAUGACCACGGUUCACUAGGUUUCAUUUCCACCGGCACAGCCGAAGAGUUAAGUUCCAUGGAAGAACACAUGGCAAAGGAGGAGCAAGCCUCCCUCGGCUUUGUCUCCACCGAAACCGCCGAGGACUUUAGCUCUAUGGAAGAUUACUACUCCGAGAAACUAGCCAUUGCCAGUGUGAUUGCAGAUGAAGUUGCUACAGACAAAUCAAUCACAACUAGCACUUUUGAGGAGCUUUCGUCGGAUCAGUCGAUGAAACCCAUCGAUGUGGUGGUUCAUCGUCUGAAGACUGAGUCCUCACCGGACUCAAUCAACCGUUGGUCAAUCCCCGAUGUAGACACAUCAAGCUCCAGCGAGAGCUUCCACAAGAGCUUCGACAAAACUCAGAGUCGUCCCCUGUCCUCUGAUUUGGAAAACCUUGUGACUGCAACUGGCACGGGUACCUCAAGUGAGUAUCAAACCGCACGGGAAUUUACCACCACCGGACGCACUGAGGGAACCGAUUAUAUUAGUGCCGUCAGUACCCUUGGCAGUAGUAGUUUGGAUUCUCAUUCGGAAACUUCAGCCAAUUUGGCUAGUAUUGACGUUUCCGAAUUGUCGGAAACAUUGGUGGCCUCUUCUGCCGAAGCGGAUUUAUUCGAGGCAGAUGAGAUGUCGCGGCUGCGAGAUCUCCGAGCUGAUGACGAGGACAGCGAUGAGAGCCUCGAACUGCCAGGAAGUGCUUACCCAACUAGUGAACAACAAAGCCUCAUGAAGCGCUCACAGGAAAUGAUUUUCAAGCCCAAGGUUGAGGAAGAGGAGCCACUGCCUGUUGAAGCUGUGCAAAUCGAGGAAUACCCAAAGCCCAAGGAGGCGGAGCGCACCUGGGGAUUGGCCUAUCCCCUGGAGGAUAGCAAGGCGGACAGCCCGCGGGAAAGUGAGAAAGGCGAGGACAUCUUAUUGUAUCACGGAGACCCACGACGAUCCAUUGACGAAUCUAAGUUGGCCUCAAGCUUAGACGAAGGCAGCAUCCUCUCCGUUAGCAUGUCGAGCACAUCCAACAUUGAUACUGUUGUGGAGAAUUUUGAUGAUAUCAUUGGAUCUGCGGGAUCUUCUUCGCUGACCGGCAUCGAAGGUUUUCAGUAUGGGCAUGAUGAGUCGGUUCCAUCUGCCUCCGUGCCAGAAGACGCAACCUUUAUGCUGGAAAUGGAAAGCAAGGAACAUUCGCCUCAGGAUUCUAAUGCAAGUACACCUCCAGGGGGAGAGUCAAAACGUCGAGGCCACAAGCGAAAUGAGAGCAUUUCGGGAGAAGCGUUGAAGAACCUAGACAAGGAGGUGGCACUACUAGGCGAGGGUAAGGAAUCUGAGAGCGAGUCAGACACGGAUCCCUACGAAUCGGAAUAUGCCCGCCAGUUCCGUUCUCCUAAAGAACGGAAGAGCAAAAAGAAAAAGCAGGCGGCAGCCGAAAUGGAUCACAGUGGCGAGCUGGAGAAGCGUCCAUUUACCCCUUCCCAACUGGUAGCUGAAGUAAUCGUAGAGGACAGUGCCACAGAAGAGCUGGAGGCAGAAGCAGCCUUGAUCGAGGAACGUCGCCCGUCCCAGAAUAUGCAGGACUACUCAAAUAUACCCGACAUAAUGGUUACUGAAGACAUUAAGUCUCCGAUUUUGGAGGAGGAGAGCGACGAUUUCCCCGAAAAGAUGCUGUACAAGGUACGCACCGAGGAGGAGCUUCACAAAGCAAGCGAUACCUCCACUUACCAGAAGGCCAAAGCCGAGGAGAAAGAGCAGGACUUUCAGCGAAGAGUGCAGGAACAGUACCGACAAAAGCUGGAGGAGCUGAAGAGGGCUGAAGUUGGAGCCGAAUACGAUGAUCGCAAGGCGCCCGACUCCCCAGACUCUUUUGAAAUGGUCGAGCAACCGGACAUCUCUGAUGAGUUCGUGAUCAUCGAAGAAGUUGCCAAGGAGGCCAACGAAGUGGAUCUUGGCGGCCAGAGCAUCAAGAUUAAGCCAACCAAGUACGAGCAGAAACACGAUGAGGAUGUUGAGAAGAUCAUCAUCAAGUCGGCGCCUGCGGAUCCCAAGCUAGGGUCGCAGCUCUACAAGGACGAUCUGAACUUCGAGUUCGAGGAGAGUCCGCCGACGGCAGCCAGCAGCAGCAGUGAGCAGCAGGAGGAGAGUGAUUCCAGCGAAACUGCAGCAGCCAACAAGCGCUGGGUGGAGAUGCAACUGACGGACAAUCAGCUGCGAUAUCCCUACGACCUGGCCGGGGCCGUGCUGGAGGACAUUAAAGAGGAGGACGGCGAGUUCGAGGUGGGCAGCAGUCGCAUUAGCAGCUUCAAAGACUCCUUCUCCAGCACGCCGGAGUACGAUGUUGCGGCUCGUCGCUAUCACUCACGUGGUGAACACGACGAUGUCUCAAUGAGCAGUCUGCAGGAGUUUGAGUCUCUGGAGCAGGCCAUUUCCCUGGAAAAUCGCAAUCGCACACACCAAGGCUCCACUGAUUCGAGCAACGGAAGUUUCACCCGACGCUAUGUGGUUCGUCACAGUGGCAGUGGAACUGGCCCGGGCGACGAUGUGUCUGUCUCCAGUCUCAAGGACUUCGAGGGUCUCGAGAAUGCCUGCAUUGAAGCCCACCUGAUUGAGAUCAAGGCCAGGGAAGAAGCGGCACUACUAUCGCGAUCUGAUGAGUCAAACAAGUCGAAUGCCAGCGACAAAGGAGCCACUGGCAAUAUGGUAGUGACCAAGGUGACCCGCACCGUAACACGCACCGAAGUGGUUCCCUCAAGUCAAGCGGAAAAUAUCGAAGCCCUGCUUAAACACAAGUUGGAGCGGGAGGAUGGAUCCGCGGUGGUCAAAGUUACCGAUUUAACCACCACUGAAUUGGAACCCAAGUCCAAGAUCGACAGCCAGGACUCCGAGAAGGACAGCAUCGAUAGCAUGGAGAUUAGCAAAAGUCACGAUAUGAUGACCAGCAGCAUAGAGAGCUUUGAUAUAUCCAAGGAUGCUACAACGCGAUCCGACAUUGACUCAUUGGAGAUAGAUAAGCGACACUCGCGACAGGAGAGCAUAGAGUCCUUUGGCGAUGAGCAGCUGGAUUUGAUGACCAAGUUCGUCAGCGGGGGAGGAGUGACACUGGGUGAUGGUCUCACCACCACCACGACGACAACCACCACCAGCACCGAUGCCGAUGGACAUGAGCACACGGUGACCAGAGUGAUAACCACCACAACGAGCUUGGGUGGUGGUGGCAUUCAGGAGCUGCCAAUGGACGAGGCCGGAAUGUCAAAGGACGUUUCGGUGGACUCCCUGAAUCUCUGCAUGGAACAGACGACCAGCUCGGCUGGAACCACGGCUACGUACCAGACCAGCGCCGGUAACUCUCAGAUGUCCGGAAGUGUCACGAGUUGCGCCUCCAGUACUCUAAUGGAGGAUUCGUUCCCUGGUGUGGGUGGCAUGUCGUCGUCCCAAAUGUCGGCCAGUUUUUGGUCCCACGAUGAGUCCACGGUGGUCGAGGACGAAGAACACGACCCCACGAAGAAGCAGCAGCAAGGCCAGUAAUCGCUGGAUGGGAUUGGGAGAGAGAAGUGGGAGAAGUCACACGUAAUCCUAUAUAAAAAUGGGGCUUAAACGGUGACAUAGAAUAUUCGGCUAGAUAAGGCGCUCUUCUAGGGGCAGCACUAGUAAAGGAAUCUCUGGAUGACGGAAAACGCAUCUUCACCGGCUCCAAACAUCACCGAUUUCAAAUCGAACAGCGAGGAGGAUUUAUUAAUUAGCAAAUUUGACAUUUUCCAUCUACACACAUUUUUAAUGAUAUUGAAGUGCAUACACGAGUUUUUAAAGGCAAAUAUAUAUAUAUUUUAUAUAUUUAUAAAAACUAUAAAAUUGCAAAUAUGAAUACGAACAUGAAUAUGGCAGGCAUUAGCCGUUCAACGCAUUUUCUUAUUGGCGUUUAAAAAUUAAUUAAAAUUAAAACAGAAACCGAAACCGAAACCUCUUGUGCUAGAGCGUUGUAAUGGAAUAAACAUUUGCUUUUAAUUUGAUGUAGUUAUUAUAUAUGUACAUGUACGAAGGAUACUUAUUAUUAAAUGAAUCGCUUAUUAUUGUAGUUUAAUUUAAGCAAUUAUACAAACGCAUGUGAAAAGGGGACGUAAUGAAAUAGUCGAAGCCUGGAAAGUGAAAUGCUUUUAAAGUCUCAUUUUUUUACAAGAACCAAGCUAACUUUUUCGCUUGCAUAUUUUAACAGUGAAAUAUACAUAAAUAUACAAUCUGAAAAAUAAUGCAUAGAUCAAAUUUAAAACAUAUACAAAAAAGAUAUGACAUUUAUUCACAUAAGAGCUACCACAAACAGCCAUGAAGUGUAUCGCUAAUUUUCGUAAAGCACAUCUUGCGUAAACGAGUAUUCGUCAAAAACCCUACUUACUGAAAGGAUUUAAACGUUUUAGCAUCACCACUGUAAUGGAAUAUGAAUAAAAUAAUAUUUGUGUUAAAAACAUACAAGAAAUAUUACAAAAAAAAUAACAUUGUAUUGUAAACCCACACGCGUAUGAAUAACCAAAUAAAAUGCUUAAUACAA